UAGAUAAGUAAUGGCAAGUCCAGCAGCAAGUACUGGUACUAUAUCAGAGGAAGAAACAAAAUGGGUUGUUAUUGGUGUAUGUCUCAACAAAGUUAUUGCACCUGCGUUGCGAAAAGACCUUAAAAGUAAACUACAAAAGUGGUAUAUUGAUUUGUGUCGUCCUCCGGUUGAUAUUGAUAAGCAAGACAUCCGAAACUAUAAGAAGACACUACCGCCCUCAAAGUUUCCACCAAAUUAUAAAAGCAUCAACAACAAUGAGAAAAAAUCGCGUGGUGCUUAUGAUUUUGCAGUGAAAGAUUCUUUGUCUUUAGCAAAGUUGUUUUUGCAACCUAACAUGGCAAAGUUUACUGGUUUUGAUGAAACAAUGGAUAUGUCGGCAAUUUUGGGUGUUAUGUGUAAUGCAAAGCCAUUUUCUUCCGCUGCAGCUGAUGCCGAGACAGUAAGGAAUGACGUCAGAAACAAGUGGGCCCAUUGCAACUUUUCAGAAUGGACCCAAGCAGUAUUCACUGCAUCAAUCAAAGCCUUAAUAUCAUUAAUAAAAACAAGUAAUUUACCAACAGCUGAUGAAAAAGCCGUGUGUGAUGAUCUAGAUGGCUGGGAGAAAAAAGGUAUCAAUUGAGUUAUUUAUAAUAUAAUGUUAAAUUAGCCAAGAUGGGCUUAGGGGGCAGAAGCUAAAUCAUGUCUACAAAUAGCGUUUUUGGUGUUUUGUGGGUCGCGUUAAUUCAAUUAAUAUAUUUUCGUAACAUCUGCCUGCUACAUGUGGUUGUUGAAUUUUGUAUAAAAAAUAAAUACUAAGUGUGAAGAGGGUGUAUUUAACAAAUACUAACUAAUUAGGAGACCAUUGGGCUCUUGUAAGUGACGUCACAACACGUAUUUGUUGAAUUCCGCCAUUUUGGGUGGCAAAUUAAACAUCAGUUCUUUGUAGGUUUGCAUGGCGAUAAAACAUAUAAUACUUUUUAUUUGUGGAAACACCACGUAAAUUUAUUACUGCACAGCUUUCGAUCCGUAAGCCCGGAUUUUCACCAAUACUAAUAAUAUGUGACUUGUUCAAUUCACACAAAGGCCCGCCGAGAGCUUUUUUGGGGCCCAGGCAAACCCUUUUGGGAGUUUUUGGGGGUUCCUUCCACUCCCUAAAUUUUUCUUUUGGGGGUUCUUUUGAGCCUGGGGCGAAUUUCCCCCUUUGCCCCCCCCCCCUUUUGAGCGGCCUUGAAACACAUGCCCUUUUAUAUACCAAAUUGCGAUUGAAAGUCAUAUGCUCUCUUGGAAAAUAAGACAGUCAAUUGAGAAGCAAGGUGCUAUAAGAUCAGGAAGGAGAGCCACUAUAUAGAAGGAGGCGUGCUCUCUUUAUUGUGCAAAUUAAUUUCUCUUGUCAUGGAUGCGUGCGCGUUAAAUAAAAUUACUUCACUAUACGCGUAAAAAUUAUGAGCCUGCUGUUUAACAGGAUUGAACAAUGUUGUACGGUGGGCAUUGUUCACACUUGUCAACAAUAUUGAACAAUAUUGUUGAGCCUGAAACUGAUGUCGCGUGCACGAAAACGAGGCUCUAUAGCCAAAAUGACGCACUUUCCGGAAGGGCGCAUUAAAAGCAAACAUGGCGUCAAACUAAGACUGUGGCACUGACUCCGGCUAGGCUGUUGCUUUUAUUUCAAUUGUUUGAGCAUCAUAAAGAGUUAUUUAUAAUGGUUCACAGCUGUGUUACUAGUAGUCCAUUGAAAUAAAAGAUUUUUGCCACCCAAAAUGGCAGAUUAUUUUUGAUGAUACGUCAUACUGCAAGACCUGGGUAGUGUAAUUCCAUACAAUCUCGAACGGUUGUUGCCAGUGUAGGUAGAGACAACAACAAACGGCCACGGUGUGUGGCGACUUGUACAACUACCCAAAAAAUAUAAACAGAACGUCGAAGUUUCAAGCGAAGGUUUAUCUUUUUCAGGGAGUUGUAUCACCUACACACCGCAGCCUAGUGUUUUAUUAGGUAUAUACAGUAACUUGCCACAUAUCACUUAUAUUAUUUUAAUAUAAUUAUCGAGAAAUUAAUUGUCAACUGGCUAAAAUUCAUAACUUACGUAUAUUUGCAUUUUGAAUUAGGGCUGUUUCAGACAUCGCAUUUCUCAUGUGCCGAACGCAUUAAAAACAAUAGAUGAUCAUUGAUCAAGCAUUUCAGUUGAUUAUCUAUUGUUUUUAAUGCUUUCGGCACAUGAGAAGCGCGACGUUUAAAACGGGCCUUAGGAGACUCUCCUAACUAAUGAAUAUCUUAAUUUCGUAAGGCCGAAUGCACCCGUUCGCGGGUUGGAAAUUGAAUUUCGAGACAAAGGGCCUUUGCAUGAAAAGUCGGGAAGUACAUAUUUUUCUGUUUAGAAUGGCUGUCAAGACAUCUUCCACAAAAUUGUGCAUUCAUCGCUGAAGCCAACACUACAGACCCCACAGUUUCAUAAUAUAUGUUACUGUUUGUCUUUUAAAUUUAUUAUGAGCUAAUUUGUCCAUAAUCUUUCUGUUUAAAAAUAUCAACAAAACAAUUUUUUCCGUUUGUUCUAUUUUUAGUAACAAGAUGGCCGAUUUUUCGAACUUUGAACCAGUCUAUCUUUGCAGCGAAUGGUCGUAUUUCGAAACAGACUUCAGUUUCAAGAUUGCUGCAGCAUGGUCUUCCAAAUAAAUAAAUAAUAUUAGUCAUUCCUAAUUUUUAAAUUUUUGGCGCCAAGUUUGUGACGUCAUUUUCCCGCCAAAAAAUAAAAAAUCCAAAAACAAAAACUACACGAUUUGUUAGAAUGAUAUGUUCUAUGUUUAUGGAAAAUUUCAUGCAAUCAGGAUGAAAAUUAAAAAAGUUAUAACACCUCUGGCGAUUUUGGACUACUUUUUGCCAGGCGUGAACGAAUUUGUCCAUAAUCUCACAGUUUAAAAAUAUCAACAAAACAUUUUUCUCUAAUUUAUUUGUUUAUGUUAAUCCCGAUUUUAUUAAAGUUUAUAGAAUACGUUUUUGACGUUUCGGUUUUCUUUAUAGGAACCAUUUCAGAAAUCAAACCGUCAAAAACAAUUUCAUGAUAAAAAUUAAAUUUUAUUCACAAUGCGGUGCGGAAGCUAAUUAAUGAAACUUUCAAAUUGGCAACUGCAGAGAGUGAGCCAUGUACCUAACCUAUGCUAGGUUAACUGAUAUGCUGACAUACUGUACAUUUUUGAAAUUACAUAUUGCCAAUAAAUCGUUAUUAUUAUACAUUGUAGUUGGUGAAAGCAAUUUGAUUGGCUAAGAGCUUACAAUAAAUCGCGCAAUCACGCAACCUACAGAAAAUUUAGUAAUCUGCUAGCAGGUAACUGAGUUAUCUGCAAAUGAGCCUGCGAUGAUUAGCAAGCGGUAUCUAUUUAACACAAACAAAUGUAUAAUAAAACAAUGAUUGAAUUCGGUUUUUGCAAUAUGCAAAAUUAACAAGGUCUCGGUAAGCGUUAUCAGCCUGGUCUUCGGCUCGACUGAUAACGCUUACCUCGACCUUGAUAAUUCCGCAUAUCACAAAAACCUCAUCCAAUAAUUGUUAAUUAUUAUACAUUGUAGUUGGUAAAAGCAAUUUGAUUGGCUAAGAGCUUACAGUUAAAUCGCGCAAUCACGCAACCUACACAAAAUUCAGUUAUCUGCUAGCAGAUAACUCAGUUAUCUGCUAGCAGAUAACUGAAUUUUGUGUAGGUUGCGUGAGGUUGAAUGAGUGUACAUUUCAAAUGAGUGUACAUUUCAAUUUUCAAAUGAAUGUACAUUUCAUAAUUGUAAUGUUUACUUUAACAAGUAAAUAUUUUAAUACGUUACAACAUCUUAACGAUAAUAUAUGUUUCUUCUAUAUUUGUAAUUAAUUUAACUGUUGGACUUCCGGAGACUUCUUUAUAGAAACGUUUUACUUGAACAGCUUUGCCAGAAAUCAUAUUGAAUAUAACGCUUACCGAGACCUUGAUAAUUUUGCAUAUCGCAAAAAAAUUAAAAUAUUAAAAUACUGUGUUUAUUAUUUUUCAAAUGUAUAAUAAAACAAUUAUUGAAUUCGGUUUUUGCGAUAUGCAAAAUUAUCAAGGUCUCGGUAAGCGUUAUCAGCCUCGCCUUCGGCUCGGCUGAUAACGCUUACCUCGACCUUGAUAAUUCCGCAUAUCACAAAAACCUCAUCCAAUAAUUGUUAAUUAUUAUUUAUUAUUAAUUUCAGCUGAUCUGGGGUUGUGGUUUGGACAGCCUAUUACGGACUUGGUUACAGAACUUCGUACAUCUUUGAAACAUGAAUCUGAUGCAGAGGUUUGGGAUACUUUUUUCUUGGCCUAACAAUCUUUGAAUAAGUAGUAAAAUAUGAUAUGAAAAAAACCCCGUUUCUUAGCGAUGAAUGAAUGAUGAUUAAAUCAUUCUAAAUAGCGUUGUCCGCAAUUGACGUCACGAAAAUUCGACCCCCCGCGAAGACUCAGACAAACAUUGGCAACAUUUAAUAUAAAUAGUAUUAUGAUUAAGAGCUUCCUGUGAGUUAGUUUGAUAGUUUGAUGUUUGUUUACGGUUUAUUUGUGCGAUAUCAUACACACCUUGUACUUUUCGCUUUACCUGAAGUGCCAGUGCAAAAUAUUUUUGCUUUGGAAGUAGAAAUAUACACUUUUUCGUCACUUUAGUAUCGACUGUCAUGUCGUUUCUAUCAUAGGCGGUGUCUACUGUAUUAUAAUAGUACGUUGGUUUGGCGUAACUGUUGCUAUAAAGAGGCCAUAAAGAAAGGGUAUGCAAAAGAAAGGGCGAUAGAAAGUCUGUAGUAGCAGAUAUUUAACCGAAAAAAUCUCGUAGUCGUACCAGAUUUGAUUCGUAGCCCUAGCGAAUCAGUUCUAAAGUUCUCUAUUUAAUGUUGUUGAUUUCAUGUUUAUACUAACUUAUAUUUUAAUACUCGCUUUAGUGUGCAUUAUUUUAUUACUUUAGACAUCUCUUUUAUUAAUAGCAAAGUCCAAAGCCAAAGAAGCUAGGAUUGUUUACUAUAAUCUAUUGACUACACUUCAACUUAUAAAAUACGGAUUUAUUAGGAAUGUAAUUAAAACUAAUACUUUCAAAUUUAAACUUUUUUAAAAAAUGUCAAAGAUAAACUACAAACUAUAUAAAAUCUCAAAUAUAAAAUCUUCCGUUGACCAGUAAAACUAUUUUGUUUUGACAAUACAAAAAAAAUAUGUUAUUAUAAAAACAAUAUUUUUAUUUAUCUAUUUUUAAAUAUUCAGUUUUGUAAAAUAGAGAACCGCCCUUUAACACUGUGUUAAUUAAUAGCCUAACACUGUCUGGUAAACUAUUGCUUCUCUCAGUCAUAAAUUUAACAACAGACGCUCUCACUGAAAACGAUGGCGUCCCAGACCCAGACUCAUAUUUUGAGCAUGAUCCAUCUGCUUAUACUGUCGAUUAAACUCAAGCAGAGGUUAAAAUGUAGAGGCCGGCUUAUAGCAAAGCGGUAUAAAACGCCAAGUUCUUCUUCAGCGAGUUAGCGAUUGCUUUUAAUAGUUCGGGAAAGCAUCGUUCGCCGGAUGUAUUGAUGGGGGAAAAUGGUUAGCUGCGAAAGUUCUUGGAGAAAAACCAGCACAGUCCGCAGUCAAUAAUAUAACAAUCAACACAUUGGUACUGCAGACAUUCCCGUCCCGUCCGACUUUUCAAUUCCCUGUUUCGGCAGUUUUUCUUAGUAUCUCGAAUCACUUGGACAUGUUCCCCAGCAACAGUGCUUAGCAUUAACCAUGUUUGUAAUUUGGGAUAAAUUUGAAUUCGUUUUAGUACAGAUAAAAUAAAUAAAAACGUCAAUUUAGACCAAUUUAUGUUCGCUGCUAGUACAAUUCUAUACAAAAUGUUAGUUUGUUUGUCUGAGUCUCGUGGGGGGUCUUCACUUGGAGAAUCUAUUUUUAGCUACUGCGGACAACGCUAUUGUUGAACGUUGUUGAACGUAGGAAAUGAAGAUUUAGAAAGUUAUAAAGUACAUUGGAAAAUAUUGGAUGUUUAAAUUAAACAAUUUGCUUCUGAUGGCACUGCAUAUAUAUGCUGUCUGUACUGGCACAUCUGGUUUUCAACAUUGUAGUGUAUUUACUGUAUAUUAGGUGAAAGUUAUAGCCCCCCCCCCCGCCAUACCUCCAUGAAGUCCAAGUUUUCACAGAAUUUAUCAAAUUGUAAAAUCCUUAAUUUCAACCUACACAGUGACAUCAUCACGACAUGUUUGGAGUAGACAGCUCGUGAAAGCUAUUUAUAUGUGUUAUUAACUUUAUACUGACAGUCCUGGACAGGACACUAUCAGUGAAUGUCCUUACGAAAAAGAGAAUAAUAUCCUACUGUCCAGACCGAACAAGUUCAUUCAAUAGGUUAUUAAAAAUAGUAAGAGCAUUCAGUUAGACACUAUUUCACACUAUUAAAGCAGGAUCUAAAAUUUCUGUGAACAUUUAUUGACUAAUAUACAACGAUAAGAACAUAUUGUCUGUUUUUAAUAUCACAAAAUUCUGAAAUAAAGCAGUUUUUGUACAUGUUUAUUUUAGUUAAGCGAGAAAGCCGUUGAAUGGCUGGAAGCCAGUAUCAUUCUAAAAUAAUAUUUUAAAUGUGUUAAAGAACGUCUUAUAACAUGUAAUUGUAGACAACGUUUUAAUAUUAACCAAAGUAAAGGAGUAUGUUAUCUCACAUAAAAAAAGCUUCUAUGGUCAAAUAGAUCUUAGAUUUUUGACUCGGAAAAGAGUUAUUUAAAUUUUUGUUCGCUUGCGGUCAGUGGCGUAAGCUUGUGCUCGGGAGCCCCUCCGUGAACAAAAAAGGCUUCUAAUCCUACCCAGUGAAAGUGUCGACAGGUUGAUGGAGGCGUCCGGAAUGUGUAAAAUUUGCUUAAAUACCUCAACUCCGCCACUUUGUUACUGUUGCUCUGGUGCCCUGGCGCCGCUGAAAGGUGUUAUGCUUUUGCUGAUGCCUGCAUGUCCAACCUAGCGCGAUAUAUACUGCUGGUUUCGGACCACUGAGGAGCCAAUCAAAGUGCUGCAUUUCUCAUAUGCUGCAUUUCCCAUAUAAUAAAUAUUUAUAAUUAAUUUAUUAAAUGUUACAUUACUUGUAUCUCUUGCAGAUAAAUACAGUGAAUGAGAAACUUAAUAAUAUAGAAUCAAAACUCCGCAAAAUUGAAGAGGUUGAGAAGAAUGCAGCCGAGAACUCGGAGGAACUUAAACGUCAGAAGGAGAAAAUUGAAUGUCAUUCGAACGAACUUGAACAUCUUAACGAAAAGUUAAAAACAGGAGAUUAUGAUAAGCAAAAAGAAAAUUAUUCAGAGUUUGCAGUUAAAAAAGGUAUUUAUUUGUUCACACUAAAACAUGAAAUAUUUAUAAAGUAUUUUAUAAUGUAGCAUUUAUAAAUUUUCAACGCUGAUUGGCUAAGAGCCGUGUUGAUAUAACUCAAUGUCAACACAGAAACGUCGGAAAAUUUCUUUAUGUUUCUUUGUGCUAUAUUAUAAAACAAAUAUAAAACAUUUUUUCUGUAUUGAUAUAUAGUUAUAUCAACACUCCGCCAUCUUCGGGUGUCGUGUUUCCACGCAAUUUCUUGUUUUCCCAAUUUCCACUCGUGUUGGUAUAACUGUAUAUCAACACGGAAAAUGUUUUAUAUUUGUUAAUUAUUAUAUGGCAAGCAUCACUUCCGGUGAAAUGGUUAAUAAAAUGGUUUGGUUAAUAAGAAGUUAUUAGUAAGCUUAAGCGAGUGACGUUUUUGACAACGCGGACGUCGACCGGAAGUAAAGUUGACGUUUUUCACCAAUCACACCCUUGACCCAGUCUUCUGACGUUACUCAUGCAGUUCGUGUUGUCAAAAACGUUACUUGCUUAAGCUCACUAUUACUACAACACCACCUUGGGCAGCAUGGAUAACUUAUAAGUAUUUGGAUCGGUCAGGCAACCAUUCAAGUAUUCAGGCAGUUGGUGAAUUAGGCAGUCAGUCGGUUAAUCAGUUGAUCGCUCAGUGAGUAAAUCAGUUCGUCUAUUGGUCAGUUCGACCAUCAGUGGGUAGUCAGCUGGUCAGUCAUGAAGUCAGUCGGUUAGUUUGUCAGUGAUCACCGGAAUUUUCGAGCAAAUAGAUUUUGAUAUAAUUUUAAAUUUUCUCAUAUCCAUUGUGUCGGAACAGCGCAUAAUUUAGAAAAUUUCUAGUAAAAUUAUCAGAUGAUUUAAACCGAACUCUGUUUUAUUGAAAUGAUGAGAGAAUAUUUGCGUACAGAAAGUUGUGGUAUUUUACACGAUUUUGCCUAUCGAGACGUUUGCCCGUCGGAUAUCUUUCAAACAAUAAUACAAACUUGAUCAUGGUAUUUUGUUCACGAAAUUAUCUGCUUCAACACAUGGGAGUUUAACAACAAAAGCCGUUGUUUUUCAAUCUGCAGGGAAAACAGUUUAAAUUGAUAGAGCAAUCCAGUGUCAAGAUGUUGUAGUUUAGAUUUGCACUUUCCUUGUGUAGAAACACUUGACAAACAAGAAAUGACUCUUCCGCAGACAUCUCAAGACAAUAAGUUUACUGUGUUAGCUAACUUGUAACUCUGACACUGAUAAUAGAGAGCACAGUCUAGAACUGAUAGAGCACUAUAAUCUAGCACAUAUAAAGCUAGUUUAGUCUAGGAUGAUUCUUGCUGAAGGAUGAUCCUUGCUGCAGUGGCGGAUACUAGGGGAUGUACAUGUAAUGUGUCAGGCAACCACCUUCGAAUUCCCCAAUAAUUUAUGAAAGCCUUUGAAUCAUAGAUGACAAAGCUGUAAUAAUAAUUUGCAACCAUGAUAGCGUUGGUAGGUUAUAAAUGACACUAUGUAUUGCAUGAAAUUUCGCGAAGUGCACGCCACUGCCUUACUAUGAAAUGCCUAUGAAAUGUCAAAGCAGGGACGUCACAAAGUUAUUAACAUUGGGGGAGGGGUGUCCUGAUAUGUUGAUCAAAUUUUGCCGAACAUUUUGACCUCCUUUUCAAUUAACGGUCUGACUCUGUCAAAUUUGUGAUGGAUAGUCUGAAUCCUUGUGAAGUGAUUUUUUACAGGGCGAAAAGUUUGCGCUAUAGUUCGUCGUGUUUAGUUCAGCGGUUAAGUUGAGCGAGCGCGCAGGGGUGCUUGGGGAGAACAAGACUAGUGUUAGCAGCGUCCUUCGCCUCGUUCUCCCCAAGCACCCCUGCGCGUUCGCUCAGUUCAACCGCUGAACUAUAUAUAACACCAAAGUGCUUGCUUAUUUGAGGUGCUUAUUUCCUUAUACGUGCCUUGCUACGGGGCUGUACUAUGACAAAAAUAUCCAAUUUGUUGACGUCGCGCGUUGGACGUAAUGUACAUCAAAUUGCCUGGUACGUUGGUAGUUCAUAAAACACCUUUCAAAUUUGGACGAUGUGAAUUCAAAUUUUCGUUUUAAAGCUGACAUUUUUGUCCGCAAGCCAUUUUUAAAAUGCACUCAAAAAUGACUUUUCAGAAUAAUUUGGUGAUAGAGAUACCAGAAGAGAAUAUUUUAGAAGUGAAAGGGCAAUCCAAAACCAAUAAACCAAUAUUUUAAUUCAAUUGUCUUUCUGUAGUAAGUAUUAGUAGCACUGAGCAGAUACGAAUGGCCUUUAUUGGACGUCCAAAGAGAGCAGAUUAGAACUGAUAUAUAGAACUAUAUUAAGUAUAUAAAUAAAGUUAUUUUCGUUUAGGUUUCUUUCUGUAGUAACCCUGCAUAAAAACUGACUGGCCCUUACUGUACGUCUGGCGAAAACUGUUUAGAACUGAUAGAGUUAAUCAGUAAAUGUACAGUUGGCUCAGUUUAAUUCAUCCUGAACUCUCCCAUUUUAUAUCUUAGUUCCGUAUGGAUUGCGCAGUCUACCACGUGAUAUGGUGGAACGACCAUCAGAAGUGAACGACAUAUUGGGGUUACUUAUACCGGGCAAUAGUAAAGUUGGUGUGAUCGGGAGUCAAAGCGGCGACAUUUUUGGUAUCCGUGGAAUGGGCGGCCUGGGUAAGACCGUCUUAGCCCUGGCUGUUGCUUGGGCUGCUUCAGGUUCUCGUCAGGUUAUCUGGCUUGACAUUGGUGAAACCCCUGACUGCUUAGGAUUGAUUAACAUCCUCAUUAAAGUUCUUGGUGGAACUAUAUCGUUUAGUGAUAUCCAUGCCGCGCAAGCCUGGAUAAAAGCUAAUACGGUACGUAUGCAUUUAAUGCUAUCUGUAAUUCUCAUUAAGGCGAUGUGAAACAGAACGAUUUACAAUAACAAUAUGUAAUACGUUAUACGGAAUUUGAUUGAUUCGGCAACGCAUUGCCGUAAGAAUCGCCGUUGAAAAUUGCUUUGUGUGACAUCAUCUUCAAUGAUUGUGGGGGAGAGCAAAAUAAAUCAUGACCGCGAAGAAAUUCUGGUGAUUCACGUAAGCUGUAAGUCUUUUUUCUCACCAAAUAUAUAGAGGAUAUUAUACACGGCGGCGCGAAGGUAUGACUUUUAUCUUCGAGUGGUGAAACCAAUAUUUUACGAACGAGCGCAGCGAGUGAGUAAAAUAUUGUUUUUAACAGGAGAAGAUAAAAGUCAUAUCUUCAAGCCACAGUUUAAUGUUCUUUUUAUUAUAUAGUCCCAAGCAAAAAAUUGUAUAAAUACUAAAAAUCACGUGACCGAUAUCUUCACUAGUGAACAUAUGGAAAUAUUUCACUGAGUAUUUUCAGUAUCUCACUCUCUACUAUAUAAUAAAAUUAAUAUAUUUAAGAUAAUUUGAAGAAACAUUUUCACACAAACAUUUUCAUCAAGACGAAUCCCAAACUAUGUACAGCAUUUUGGCAUUCACGUCCGUGUUGCAUAAGAUAGACAACUGCACUCAUGCCUGUAUACAGCUAUUAUUGUCUUAUGCUGUAAAACAAAAUGGCAUAUGAUAUUCAUUUUCUUGUGCAUUGUCUUGUCCCGAAAGCCUUGGUCAACCAAGGAUGAUAGUUAAUGAGAAUUGGCAUGCGAGAGCUUGUGUGAGAAUUUUCUAAACUCUCUUGUUCCGGACAAACGACAAUAGGAGUUACAUGAGAAUUGAUGAGAGUUGACUGGAUAUGACCAAUUGUAGCAAAAACUCUCAUCAAAAUUUCAACUAGCUUAAAGUUGUUGAGAUUUUAUGAGAGUCGAUGAGAGUUGCAGUAAUAUGCAAGCAAGAGUUGCAACUCUCGUCAACUCUCAUCCUCGUUUGACCUGAUUAAAUUAUCCCGAACAAGAGAUUGUCAGCAGAUAUGUUUUCAUAGCUUGUUUGCAAUGUAUUGCAGAGUGAUAAAGAUUGUUUAGUCGUCCUUGAUGAUGUUUGGAGUGUUGACGACGUUGCUGUGUUUGAUCACCUAUCUGGGAAAUGCCAAUUAUUAAUAACUACUAGAGAUGCUAAAGUUGUUCGUGGCUCAAAAGGUUUUGUAUACGAACUCCAAUUUAUGGCUGAGGAUAAAUCCCGAGCGCUCUUGUAUCAAAGUGCUGGGGUCGAACCAGACGAAUUGUCUACGUUUGGUCCAAAAAUGCACCAGAUUGUCGAAGAACUGUUAAAGCAGUGCCGAGGACUACCGCUGGCUCUGUCGCUAGUGGGCUCAAAUUUAAUCGACACUCGCUUACAACAAGACUGGCAAGAUGUAUUGGGGUACUUUCAAAAGCCUGGCUUGGAACAAUUACAUUCACAGUUUCCCAAUGUGACGUAUCCUUACGAUAACAUCUUAGCAGCCAUUGAUGCUAGCUUUCAACGUUUGGAGAAAAACGAACGAGAGAAAUUCCUUGAUUUUGGUAUAUUCCCAGAAGAUAUAAAUGUAGCGUCAGAUAUCCUCGAGCUGUUUUGGUCUUCGAAAGAAGCCGGGAGAACAUCGUGCAGCCCUCAAGAAGGGAGAUGUAUACUUAAGGCACUUGAGAGGAAAUCACUGAUUCAAAAAGGUACAUGGGGGUGGGGAUACAUAACGAAAUGGCAAGUGUAUUCUUUAAAGGCCCCUGUAUAUAUGAAAUGCGGGAUGAGAUGUUUUCCAGGGUGCGACGAUGAUUGGGAUUCCGGCAUGUGUAUAGUUCCCUCAUAUUUAUUGCAUUCUGUUUACAUGGAAGCGAGACGCUUUUCGUUCCGUCCCGGCAAGGUGAAAUCCCGGUUUAACAAUCGGGAUCCUGCUUGGGACGGGACGUUUUCACAAUAAAAAUGCUUCAUUCCGCAACCGGGAAAAUGUUAAUUUCUAUAUAGUGACAUUUAUUGCAGGUUUUCGCCCACUGAGUUUCCUGGUUCGUGUUUUUCGUCAGUAUGAGGUAAAAUACGUGUACCCUGUAUCACGUAAAUUGUGAAAGCGUAAUGUUUUAUUAACAUUUCAAGACUGCUUUUCAAGGUUAUCACCGAUCGAUUAAAACUAAAUUCAAACUUUUAGUUAAAAUUUUACAUUCACACGAGAAAUUAUUUGUCAUUCGGUAAGAUAGAUUUAACAUUUUCCAAAUAAACCAAAUGCUAGUUUAUUUCAGGUUUGCGGUUUUCAUUAGGACAAAAAUACUGUAUUUUUAGUAGCGUACUUUCCAAAUUUAGAACUGCAUUUUUUUAACCGUUGUCCCGAUUAAUACAAGUGACGAUCUGUCCAUCUGACGGGCACACAUUGCUUAGUAGACCAGACCAAUGGACCAGACGAAGUAGCCAAAAUAGCGUGAUCGAUACUGGAAAUGAUUUUCGGAAUAAAUUGAAAUAUUUGAAAUACUUUUCGAAAUAAAUAGUUGCUGCCAAGCAAGCAGACUUUUCUUGGCACUGACAACGUUUCUCCCAAUCUUGUACCCAGAGAAAUCAUCGUUGACUCUGGGCACCAGAUUGCGUUUCUCCAGAGUUCACUAGGCCCAGUCUUUCGCGCGAUCUAUAUAUUGCUUAUUGCAUCUACUAUUUCUAUGAUAUAUUAUCGCAAUGUUGAUUUUGCGUCCCGUAUGUCUGUUCCAAUUGGCGAAAGUUAUAGACGGACGUCAAAAUGUUGCGAACUUGCAAUUAGCAAAUUCAAUUAGCAGACGUAUAAUAAACCGAAAAAUAAACGGAAAUUGUACGCUCGCGUUAUCUGACUAUCUGACUUAUUUGGAAUAUAUUGUAUUUCUUGACGAACACUACAUGAAAAUGUAUUUGUUUGUUUUUGUUUGCAGAUUCCAGUGAAAAGCAGCGCUCCUUCAAUCAUGAUGUUUUCGGCAUUUUAAACAGCACGAAAUAGUCCAAUAUGUCCCCAGGCUUUUUCCCAUCCAUCUUUUGAGAGCGUCGAGUUUGAAGCAGUACUUUUAAUUCCUUGCGAUAGUAACUUUUUGUUUAAUACACUGUUUACACACCAUUGUGUAUAAACACUUGUCAAGAUGAUCUUCACGCACCACAGAAGCUUAUCUGAGUGGAAUAAAUAAAUAGAUAGUUUAUCUUCACUGAUGAUUUGUCUGUUUUCUGCAUUUAUACGCAGAUAAAUUAUCAUGCGAACUAUCUCUUUUUUGUCCAAGUAUAUCCAGUGCCCGGUUGCACAAAGACCGGAUAGCGUUAUCCACCUGAUAGUGAUUCUUCAACCUUCGUAAACGUGCAUAAAAAGCUGUGAAGCUACAGAUAUAGACCUCACAAUAAUUAUAAAAACUCUUUUAAUUAAUAAUUACUGAACUUUAUUUAAUCUUGAUAUUAUACUAUUGAACAGACACUUUUAGAAAAUUUGAAACAAUCACUAUCCGUUGAAUAACGCUAUCCGGCCUUUGUACAACCGACCCCAAACUGAUAGUCCGUCUCUAAUACCAAUGGGGUUACUAACAUGAACGCUCCCCGUCGACCUUUUUCAGGACCUGAACUCCAAGGAAAGACAAGCUACCGUGUCCAUGAUCUACUCUUAGAUUUUGCCCGGCAGAAACUUCAAGCCACUGGCACACUAGCUGAUGUCCAGCGCGUGUUCGUGAAAAUACUUUGUGGCCAAUGCGUGAAUGGUGAAUGGACUACUACUUCAAGUCUAUCCCAAAGAGACUAUUAUUUCAAGUACCUACCCUAUCACAUAUUCUCUUCCGAACAACAUAGUGAAUUAAUUCAACUAUUGUUCGACUUUCACUGGCUCGAACAAAAAGUGAAACACACGAAUUUUCCCUCCGUAAUAUCAGAUUUUCGUUUCCUGGAUACGCCCUUGCAGCACGAAAUCAAACUUCUCCAAAAGUCGUUAAUGUUAUCUGCCGACGCCAUCGAGAAAAACCCGAGUUCCAUUGGUCCGCAAUUGCUAGGUAAUAAAAAUAAUGUACCUUUCCUUGGCUUACCUUUCCUUCGCUUACCUUCAAACACUCAUUAAUAAUUCAUAACGUUAUUGGAAAAUCAUGUCAACCAUAAUAUGUCACGU